CUCAACAACAAUAAUUCACCACAACUCCAGAAGAAUAUAUUAUAGCAUUGCAUUUGCAAAUCAUUGUAACAACAUUAGAGCCUUUUUUCUCUUUUCCGUUUCAGCAACUUUACAAUUUUAAUUAAUUAAUUAUAAUAAUUUUUAUAUUAGAGGCCAAAACUUCAUCAUUAAUGAGUGAAAAUAUCAACGUAUCAUCAUUAAUUAACGAGUAUAAUUAUACACAACAAGAUUUGAAUUAUUAUAGACAUCAAUAGAAAAAGUUUUUCAUCAUCAUCAUGGAAUCGACAACAACAGGACAACAAACAACAGAAUUCAACAUUAAUAAUACAACAAGUGUUAGUGAGGAUGUUGAUAAUGUUAAGAAGGCUUCGUUUAUGGAAAUUAUGAAACAAUUUUCAAAGGAAUGCUUUGCUGGAAGUAUUGCUGGUUCUUCGGGACUUAUUGUUGGCCAUCCAUUGGACACUAUUAGAGUGAGAGCUCAAACUAGUACUAGCAGUAGAGGAGCAAUGUAUUUAUUCAGAGAAGCUCUUGCAAAGGAAGGACCUCGUUCACUUUUUAAAGGAUUACUCUCACCACUCAUUGGAGAAUCAAUUAAUAAUUGCAUUCUCUUUGGUGUCUACAAUGGCUUGCUUCCAUUCCUCUUUAGAACUGCUCUUGGAAACCAAACAGUUGAAGAAGAGACUGAAAUGAGAAGAAAUUCAAUUCCACUCCAAUUCGUCAGUGGGUCCCUUGCAGGUGCAUGCAUUGCUUUUGUUGUGUGCCCAACCGAGCUCAUUAAAAUUAGACUUCAAACCUCAACAGAUCCAAUCAAGACAAGAGCUACUGACGGAGUUGCUGGAAGAAGAGGAUUUAAGGAUUGUGCCAAAUAUAUUUGGAAGAAUGAAGGAGGAUUGAGAGGAAUCUACCAUGGUUUAUCUGCAACCAUGAUGAGAGAAUUAACAUUUAAUGGAAUUUACUUUGCCACCUACGAACAAGGUAAAACUAGAUUAUCUAAAUAUUUUGCUUCAAGACAACUUGGAGAAAAUGCUUCUGAAAAGGAAGUGAAUCAAUUGACUGAGGAACUUCGUUCUAACUGGAAAGUUGUCAUGACCAGUGGUGGUAUGGCUGGUUUAGCAGCUUGGGGAUUUACCUAUCAAACAGAUGUCAUUAAGAGUGUAGUUCAAGCAAGAUCUCCUGUUCUUGCUAGAAAUGGAACUUACAAUGUCAAGAUUGCAGAUGUUUUUGCAGAAUGCAGACAAUCCAAAUCUCUCUUCAAAGGUAUUGGACCAACACUGGUGAGAGCUGUUCCUGUAAAUGCCACAACCUUCAUGGUUUAUGAAUUAAUAAGUGGAUUCCUGAACAGAGAAUAAUUUAAUUGCAUUAAAAACAACUCGAGAGAAACACAAUUUUCAAAUAAUACCGAAUUUAUUUGCUAAUAAAAUCCAAGA